UACAGUCCACAUUCUGCUGUCUGAAGAAAGAACCGGGACCAUGAGGAGUUUCCUUGUCUGGGCUUGGAUUCUUUUCCCAGGCUGUUGGGCUCUGACCGGCCCUAGGGAGGUGAGCGGUCCCUUGGGAGGGUCGGUGUCUGUGCAGUGUCAGUACGAUGGGUGGUACCAGAACUAUAAGAAAUACUGGUGCAGAGGAGAAGACCGGUCAUCUUGCUACAUAGCUGUUCAGACCAACAGUUCAGAGGCCGAGGUAGUAGGGGACAGAGUCUCCAUCCAAGACAAUCACACGCAGUUCACUUUCACUGUGACCAUGCGGAGCCUGGCACUGGGCGACCAGGAUAUUUACUGGUGUGGGAUAGAGAAGAGCGGCUUUGACAAGAUGUUUGCUGUCAACGUGUCUGUUUUCCCAGCUGUUCCUACCUCACCACCGACGACACCAGAAAAGGACCUGACCGUUGCCACCUCCCCAUGGACUGUUCUUGCCGGUAUACCAAACCUCGUCCUCUACAUCCUGAUCCCAUCCGUCCUGCUGGUUCUACUUUUGAUUUUGUUCAUUGCUGUAAAGUUUAGAAGAGCAUCACGGAGGAGGAGCAAAGCCCUUGAGGACACACCAGGACAAAAGGAUAAGAACGUCUAUCUCUGUAACACGAAUCCUGGGCACAACCUUCCCUUCAGUGCAUCAGAUCCUGCUGCCACUGACCAGAUGGCAAUCUAUAUGAAUGAGCAGCACCUGCCCAGCUCAGCCGAUCCAGCGUCCGACUAUGAAAACAUGAUUCUGCAUAGGAGUCAGGUUUCAGGACAGAGAAAAGCAGUUUCUUUUGGCCCACAGGACUGCUCAGCCACAGAUCAGCAGGACACCUACAUCAAUAUGUGCGCAAUCACACCCCGUCCCCCCAUGAUUUGUCAUCAAGCAAAGUGUGGGAGAAAAGCUGCAGCCUGAAGCCCUUCCUACUCACGGGAUAUUUAGCAGCUCGUCCUUAUUUCCCUACUGUCCCAUGAAAGCUUCCAGACUGGCAUUCCCUCUGCCCUGCUUCUGCUGAGCAAUCUGCCAGCAGCAAGAUGUGGUGGGGAGGUCCCACUUUCAGCAUAAUUUUGUCUUCAGAAAUGUACUGGGGGCCAACAGCUACUACAAAGUGCUUCUCCUUUCCUGGACAUCAGCUUGAAACAGCACAAAGGCUUGGUGUCUCCGGUUCCUCAAGGGCUGGAGGUAUUCCUCUGGUGCUCGUUGUGGCAUCUCUCUGUUCCAGCACCACAUAAUUGCUCAUAAAACUCACUUGGUGCAAAGGAGCUUGGUUCUGGGGUCAGAACCUCAGGAUGAUGAGACAACUCUUUGGCUGGAGGUAAUGUGGGGAAUAGGGCCUCAGGGAGGCUGAGGAACAGAAGCUUGGGGAGAUGAGGGUGUGGAAAUAACAAUGGGAAUAUGAGGCAGAACGAAACAGCUUUGUCCUUCAUUUCCCCAGUCAGCGUGGAGUUAAUUGUGCUGGAAUCUUUUUACCCCCAAUCCCAUGUUAGAACAGUGGUUUAGAACAAGAAGGGAACAUGGAUUCCCCCAUUUUAUAUAGGUUAAGUGAAAAGAUUGAGAGCCCAUUCCCACACAUUCUUGUUAGACAUCUUCGUCUUUGAUCCUAAAUAUCGCGUGGGACACAUCUAAAGAAUUUGGACACAAGACCAAUAUCAUUCUGGAGUGUAGGAACAGGAGUGUUGUAUGAAAGACACGAGAGAUAAUGGUCCCACUCUACCUGGCACUGGUUAGCUCCGAGCCGGACAUUGUGUCCAGUUCUGGGGGCCACACUUUAGGAAAGAGGUGGACAAGCUAGAGAGAGUCCAAAGAGCUACAAAAAUGAUAAAAGGUUUAGAAAAAUCUCACCUCUGAGGAAAGGUUAAAACCACUAGGUGUGGUUAGAUGCGAGAAAAAAAAGCAGAUGGGGAACCAAACUUCAAAUAUGUUAAGGGCUAUUCUAAAAGGACAGAAAUCAAUUGUUCUCCGUGUCCACUGAAGGCAGCACAAGAAGUAAAUGGGCUUAAUCUGGAGCAAGGGAAAUUUAAGUUAGGCCUGUCUACACUGGUGGGGGGGAGGGAGAGAGGGAGAGGAAUUGAUCUAAGUUACACAACUUCAGCUACAUGAAUAACGUAGCUGAAGUCGACAUACUUAGAUCGACUUACCGUGCUGUCUUCACUGCUCCCCCGUCGACUCUGCCUGUGCCUCUCACUGAGCUGGAGUACAGGAGUCAAUGGGAGAGUGCUUGGGGAUCGAUUUAUCACGUCUAGACUAGACAUGAUAAAUUAAUCCCCGCUGGAUCGAUCACUGCCCACUGAUCCGGCUGGUAGUGAAGACAUAACCUUAGAUAGUAGGAAACUGUACGGAUAAUUAAUUAGUGGAAUAGGUUACCAAGGGAGGCUGUGGAAUCCCCAGCAUUGGAAGUUUUUAACAACAGGUUGGACAAAAACCUGUCAGGGAUGGUCUAGGUUUACUUGCUCCUGUCUCGGGGCAGGGGACUGGGCUUGAUGACUUCUCAAGGUCUCUUCCAGCAUUACAUUUCUAUGCCUCUAUGUUACAAGAGCUAUAAUUUGACUUGCUGGGCAUGCAGCAAACGCCACCUGUUGGAUAAGGUUCGUGGAGAGGAUUGAGGGUCUGGUUCCAGAACGAUAAAGGGGUGCAAAGGAAUGUUUGCAGUUGGCGAGCUGGACAGCCAGGUUGGGUUUGCUGAGCUGACUGUUUUGUUCCUCUUUGAAUGUUUGCUUUUAAAUGCAGCUGGAGAUGUUAUGUGGUAACAUUUAUAAGUGUCUAGAGCCUUUGCAGAGGUGUCUUUUCUUUUUUUUAUUAAUCUUUAAAUAAACACGAACCGCACAGCCAGUUGUCAACACA